AUGUACUUGACAAAGCCACAGCGUCCCAAAUGUCUUGAAGUCAUCAAGGUCGGCGACCAUUCGAAUGCGCUCAAGAACCAUCACUUCCUCGGUGAGAUCGCCCGCUUCGUGCGGAACAACUUGAACAACCUCGGGAUCGCUCUCAACGACGAUCACACUCUCCGCGAAUUCUCCUCGAUCGAACAGGCUCGCGUUUUCGCCAAUGGGCAGACGCAGCAGAAUAUUCUGGUAGUCAUCAAUGACAUUGCCGGUUCAAAAGAAGUAGUGGUCAUUGGAAAAGAAGUGUUGUCCAUCGCUGGAUCUGUGGCCACCGAAUUCGCCUACGGCACCGGCAAGCAGCUACGAGAUGCUUGCACACGUUUUGCUGCCUCGUACAACAACAACAACACCGUUGCUGAAUCAGGAGCUGCAUUCCAGCAGUUAUCCUCGGUCAACACUUGCGGUUGCCUCUAUCCAGUCAAGCAGCUUCUUGCCCGUACGCACAAGUGUGGGGAUUCCUUGAUUCCGAAGUUGGUUGCUGCGCUAGAUGGGCCACGUGAACGCCUUCAUGAAGCUAUGUCCUCAGCUGAGACGCCAUUAAUGGUUCAGUCCAUCGAGUCGAAAAGCGACAUGGAAAAUAAGCCUGUGAGCAUCAGCAGCACCGAUCCCCAGAGCGUGAAGCUACCAACCGAUUCCUAUGAAGAGCUCGAUCUCUCGUUGGAAGAGCUCAAAAUAGAAGUGAUCACACCGACACCACACGAGGAAGAAGGGCCCGUGUUGCCGAUAGUUGAGGCUCCACUUGAGCAGAAGGAACCGCCUCCUGUCCCCGAAAUCACCAUCAUGGAGAUCGAGCCAAUUUCACUGAAUGUUCGCGAAAUCUGCGCUCCGAGCGAGACCGGGACUUCUCACAGCGUGGAUUUCGACUUAUCGUUCGCGGCUGGCGAUGGGAAGCAGUUGGACCAUCUCGAUACGACAAGUGUCCCUUCGAUUGGUACUCCAUCAGCUCCACCGACUCCCCGCACGGCAAAGUUCGACCCAAGGACCCGUCAGAGUGCCCGAGAUACCAUUUCACCAUCGAUGCGGAUGAUUACCAACGCUUUGCGUGGCAUUGGGCUCAGCAAGCCUGCCGCUCCAAGAGUUGUACGUACACCGGUCAUGCAAGGCGACAAAUACGACGAGGCCCCGCGCACAUUUGUGUCGGUCAUUCGAGAUGAGGAGAUUGGAGCUUCCUUCGUUGAUUUGUUGCAAGAAGUCGCGAAGCAUGAAUGGGAGAUGCCCAAAUUGCAAGCUGUGUUUUUGGGAAAUCUCAGCAAAGCACACAAAUUUAUAGGCGAGAUGCUCAGAGACCAGCUUUUCGUCGAUCUGAUGGGCGUGAAUGCGGCGUUGGAGAAUCAGAUGAAAGAAAACAACGUGCUCACCGCCCCUCGUGCUGCAAAAUGCUGGGCUCUUAUACUCAUUUGCCACUCGAAGAUCGUUCGCCUUCUCAUCUACAUGGCGCAAUCCCUGGACGAGCUACCAGCAAGUUCCACACCGGUUUUGCGCAUGGCGACCUCCAAGCUGCUUGGCUCAGCACCAGGAAAAACUAUACGCAAUCUCCUGCGCUCUUCGCUCAAAGCCCUGACACAGGCCUGCAAGACGCGUCAACUCUCGGCAUUUGUGAAGAAGUUUUUUGUUGACUAUCACCGGAUCGCUGUUUAUAUCACGCUGCUGCGUCUCGAAGAAAGCUUCAGUCGCUUUGCGGCCCAGGCCCGUCGGUGCGUGCGCAUUGAUUUGUCGGAAGGGGAAGCCCUCGCCUUGGGCCGACGCGCAGCCCAGCUCUUCAAAGCCACCGAGCUAACAGUUGCCGAAAACUACGCCGACUUCUAUCGGGAUAUCUGCACAAUGCUCGCCUCACGGCCGGAGCUAGCCAACGAAGACAUCCCGAUGUUUGCUUUCACAGCAUCGAUCGAACUA